AUGACAGCCUCUUCCUUCGCCAAGAGCGCUUCUUCAUCAUUGGAUCGCGAUCGCUCAUACAGCAUCUUCCCGGUCACCGUCGUCAACGCAGUCCUCCUACGCUGUCUCCGUGCAAUUGAUUCUGACCCCCACUCUGAGACACAGUGCUCAAGGCGCCUUGAUGAACUCGCGGAUAGCAUAUGCGCCUGCAUCGCUCCUGGUGUCGAAGACAUCGAGCCUGCCGAGAAAUUGCCUCCGGGAUUUGAUUCCAAGACCAGCGGUGGCGGCGCGAUUUUGAGUUUCGGAUAUCAUAAUGCAUGCAUGCACGAAUGGAUGCAAUGGCUGAUCCCCCUCGUAGUACACGAAGAUGUGGUUUCUCUUCACCAUCGUGRGACUCGAAACUAUCAGCGAGGAACAGCGGUGCUGGAUUCGUGGUCGCAUGGCUGUCAUCUCUGA